GCGAGAUGGCGCUGCGAUCGAGGCAAGAUGGUAGCGAAGUCGAGUCGCCGGGUAUCGUGUGCUUGUUUCUAAUUUACACUGCUUUAAAUUCUGUGUUCUUUAUUGUCACACACGUGUACGCGCGUGCGUGAUAUCUUUUUCAUUAAAAUAAUCAAUUCUGCGCGAGUAAUUAAUUAUCUUUAGCUUGUUUUAUCUUCUUCGUAUUUUAUAAAAAUCAAAGAUGGAAUCGAAGAGGUUAGCUCUGUCAAAAAGUAUAUUGGAAAUGAAGUUCAUGAAACGAACGAAGGACAAAGUGGAGAAACAGCAGUUUCAACAGGAAGGAGAGGAGUACUUUGGUAGCUCACUGACAUCACGCAUGAAAGAAGCAUCUGGGAAAUUCUUUAUGGAACCGAGCUAUAUUUUCUGUGAGGGACUCAUCGAAGGCAGAUUAAGCUUUCAAGGGAUGAACCCGAUGAUAGAAAAACUAAUGGAAGCAAAAGAAAAUGAAAAGCGAGCCCAAACAGAGACUAAGGAAGAAGUGGAUGUAUCAGACGAGCAAAUGACUGUCCAGUGGCAAAAAAUGCGAACAAAGUUUGAUGUUAUGACACACAGAAAGCCACAAAACAAAGCCUACAGAAAAUCGCAACAUAGUAAAACAGGCUGCAAAGAUGAACCAAUGGAAAAGAAACCAAAAUUUCUAAAACCAGUGGACUGAAUCUAUGAUCUGGUAAAUAAUUUUAUUGUAUAGAUAUUACAAUAAUUAUGUAUACUAAUAAAAUGUUUUGUAUAAUAAUAAGCAUAGAAAUUAAUGCAUAGAAAUUAGCACAUAAAUUUGACAUCAUAAACUAUUUAUGAUAUCCCUUUAAAGUUUCAUCUAAUAUUGGAGUUGACACACUAGCACACAUAAAUUUGAUAUCAUAAACUAAUUGUCAGUUGGAAUUUGUAUUACAUUAUGUUAAAUAAAUAUUUUUAUAUAUAUUA